CUUUGUCUUCAUUCUCCAGUGAUGUGAGUGAAAGAGAAAGGGAAUGUUCACCAAAACAAAAGGAAAUUAAAAUGGCAUUAGGAUUGACUGAGAAUAAAGCUGAUACAAUGGAUGCAUACAAGUUGGACAAAAGUGCACAAGUCAAUCGUAUUCAAAACCAAACAAUCGAAUUCACUUCACAUACUCGACUUUACUUCCCGCAGAAUAUCAAUAUCAAAAAUUCUACGAAGGAAUUGUUGAAUGAACAUAUUGAGCAGCUCAAUUUUGUUGAAGAGUCGGACCAAUGCCGCAGUUAUAUCAAUCAAUUCAUUGCAAAUGCUACAAAUAAUCACUACGAAAAUGCAUUUAACAGCGAUUCAAUAACAUCAGAAACACUGUUUGCUUUUAUCUAUGCAGUGUAUUUCAAAGGAGAAUUUGUUGAGAAAUUCCCCAAUUUCUAUACUUUAAAGAGCAUUUUUUAUAAUCAAAACCGAAAACCGACUCAUGUCGAAAUGAUGGCGAUGAAUCUAUUAGACAUUGAAGAAGUCGAAUAUGGUAAGAUUUAUGACUUGAAUACCGAAGUCCUGAAAUUACCAUUUAAAAAUGAAGGUAUUUCAAUGUUCAUCUUAUUGCCGGUCGCCACUUCACAAUCAAUUGAGAACUUAUUAGCAAAUUUGACGCCAGAAAUUUUAUUUAAUGUGUUCUGCGGUACAUAUAAUAUACAUAGUGCCAAUUGGUAUGGUCUCCACUUUUCUUUCCCGAAGUUUGAAUUGGAUAAAUCAUCUGAAAUCAUACCGGCACUUCAACAUAUGGGAAUUCGAACCUUGUUUAACGACUCAGCAAAUUUGGGUGAUUUUGGUGAAUUUGAUUUCUCGGCAAAAAUGACAAAAUCUAAAUUUAAUGCGUUCGCACAGAUGGCAAAAAUUGAGAUUGAUCAGGAACUUACAAUUACACCUGAACAACACCGUAAAACACAUCCUAUUUCGCCGAGAAGGUGAGUCACUUUAAUAAAUGAACCUAUGAUAUGUGAUCACCCUUUUGUGUACGUCAUUCACGAUCAACAAACAAACAACAUUUUGUUUGCUGGCAUUUACCAUGGAAGUGAAAAUUGAUUUAAAAAAAUUCAAACAAGUUACAUAAUUUUCUCGAUUUUUUACGGUGUUCUGAAGACAAUUCGUUUAACAGUCAAACAUGUUCUGAUCAUUUUU